AUGAGACCUAAAGGUUUCAAAGAGUAUAAGAUUUUGAAGAACGGAGACACGUACCUUAGGAUUGAUCUUCCCGGAGUUCCAAUGAAAGCAGCCGUCGAAGUAUCUCUUUGGGCGGAUGAUAAGGGUGUGGAAUCCUUGGUGGAUGCACCAAAGCAACACAAACACGACUCUUCUCAACGGACGUACUGUCCCAUCAUCGGUUUCAUGUGCGGAAGAUGCAAAGUCUUGCGAUUCACCUCCCAAGUGUGUGAUGGAGUUCUUAGGCUUGUACUCACUCCAACAGCAAGGAUUCUUGGAGGGAGAUUUCUUGGUGGGGCAGAUUGGGAAGAAACAUAUUUUUGUAGUUCUGCUGCUCACUGGUUACCCUAUGCCUCCGAUCCGUAUGACCCUUCCUUAACCGGUCCGGUAUUGGAGCCAAAUCCUAGCGUUAAUGAAGGAUCGCCGAUGGCUUAUGAAUCGAAGCGGCUCCCAAACGGCAGCUUAUACGUGCGUGUAGACAUGCCAGGCGUUCCCAAAGACAGGUUCACGGUGUCGGUAGCGGACGGGAGAAUUUGA